GACACCAGGAUGGGCAAGAAGGCUGGUGGGAAGACGGCGGUGACGACCGCCGUGGCAGUGGACGAGUUCCCGGAUGAGCCCGUCGCGCUGCUUCACUUUGACGAGAAGGAAGAUCGUCUCCAAGUGAACGAGCAGGCGAUGAACAUUCUCCAACGCAUUGAAGGCAAGAUUGCCGUUAUUGCGAUGGCGGGGCUGUACCGCACGGGCAAGUCGUCCAUGUUGAAUUGGCUCCUCGGAAAGCAGAGUGGAUUCCGUGUCGGCCCGACUGUUGAGCGAUGCACGCGCGGCAUUUGGCUCUGGGGACGACCCCAGCAACACACGUUGGCGAACGGUGAGCCGUGCUGGGUGCUCAUGCUUGACACUGAAGGUUUGGGUGGGCUGGAAGCGUCUGCGCAGUACGACGUGCGCAUCUUUUCCCUGGCGACACUCCUUUGCUCCAAGCUAAUUUACAACAGUCAAGGAAGCGUGGACGAGAAAGCCGUCAACGGUCUGUCGUUCAUUGCAAACAUGACCAAGCACAUCCGCGUCCGCGCCGAGGAAAGCGACGACCAAGGCGGCAGCAACGGCGAAGAAUACUCAAGUUUCUUUCCGUCGUUUACGUGGCUUGUGCGCGACUUCACGCUCGAACUUGUGGACGAGGACGGCGACGAAAUCACGCCAACCGAGUACCUCGAACGCGCCCUGGCGCCGCAACCUGGCCUCACGCAAGCUGUCAUGGAACGUAACCGUGUCCGCCACAUGAUGACGGCGUUCUUCAAGGACCGGGACUGCUUCACACUGGUGCGACCGGUGUAUGACGAAGGCAUGUUGCAGCAAGUGGACUCGAUUCCGAUCACCGACCUGCGCCCCGAAUUCCAGUCGCAACUUGCCAAGUUGAAGGCCUCGAUAUUCAACCAUCUUCAGCCCAAGACCAUGAACAACAAGCCGCUAAACGGUUCCAUGUUCGCCGGCCUCCUCGUUGCGUACGUGGAAGCGAUCAACCACGGCAGCGUGCCCACGAUCAGCUCUGCUUGGGACGGUGUGACCGCCACGGAAUGCAAAAAGGCAAUGAAGACUGCCGCCGAGUCGUUUCGAGUGGCGUCAGGGCUCUUGGAAUUCCCUCUCGACGCGGACGAGCUGACGGCGGCGCUCAAAACCGCGGAAGCCGAUGCCAUUGCCGUGUACCGCCAGGCGGCGAUGGGCGAGGCCUCUGCAAAGUACGAAGCGGAAUUAGCGGAGAAAAUCGAAGACGAAAAGACGACGCUGAAAAAGCAAAACCGCGCGGCGUCCAAGGAGUUCUGCGAUCGGUUGCUCCAGACGUUGUUCGCGGAGCUCAUCCAGCCGCGCUUCUCGGACGACAAGAAUGCGUACGAGGACAUGCAAGAGUUUGCGCGGGAGUGGCUCAAAUUCCGCGAAGCGUACCUCGAGAAAGCGCGCGGCGGGGCCAAAUUAGACGCGCUCCUUGCCUUCUCCGAGACCAAGCAUGCGGAAGCCAUGCGAUUGCUCCUCAGUCGACAAGAGGACAAGUUUGAGAAGAAGCUACGCGCGUUGGAAGCCGAAGCCGCAGCGGUCAAGGAAACGCUGGGCGCGAUUGGUGGCCGUGAACAAGUGUACAAGCAACAGAUCGAGGCAUUGCAGUCCGAGACGUCCGACAUGAUGGGCGAGAAAGCGCGGUAUUCUGCGGACAUUGAAGCGCAGCAAAAGAUGAUUGAGCACUUACAAGCCAAGUUGCAAGCGGAAACGGCGGGCAAGCAGCACAUGGACUUGGAGAAGGAGCAAAUCGAACUCAAGCUCCACGCGUUGCGCGACCAAGAUCGUGAAAAGGAGGACGAACUCUCGCGGCUCAAAGCUCAGUACGAGAAACUCGUCAAGGAAAAGGAGCGCACCGAGUUGGAGCUGAGCAUGGCGUCGGGUGAGGUCGACUCGCUCAAGCACGGACAAAAGUGUGGGUGCUCGAUUCAAUAAGCGAUCAGUAAUGCAAUUUUGUUGGAGCGUCCGUUUUCA